AUGGAAGCCACCGAUAAUGCGUUCUCUAAGUUGGUGAAAUUGGUGAAAUCCUGGUUUCCGUGGAGGACUUAGCCUGCAAAUGUGUCAAAGGACUUUUGGAUGCCUGACCGCAGCUGUAGGGUCUAUUAUGAAUGUGAUUCGAAACUCUCGGUCGUCAACAGGCGUCACCAUUGCCGCCUGUGCGAGAGUGUUUUCUGCGCAAGGUGGACUGCGAAUUCUAUACCUUUUCCAUAUAAAGUCCUUAGGAAAAGACGGGAUGAUGGUGAGAGGAUCAGGGCCUGCAAUUAUUGUUUCAAGCUAUGGGAACAAGAUACAACGGCUGAGGAAUAUGUAUGUCGGGUGUCCACCCUGUAUCUCGGGGCCUCGUGUUCAGGGAUGAGUAUGGUUAGUACGCAGUCCAGCGGAACCGCUAACAGCGACAGCAACACUGCCAGUUCUAUGUCAUUUUCAUGUAGUUCUGGAGUCAAUCCUUGUCGACGUCUUCCAGUGGAACCGUGCUCAGGUAAGCAAGGAAGCCCGAAACAGGACAGAACAACAGAUGCCUUUAUGAACUUAAGCUGUCCUUCCGAGCAUAUAGGUAUGCAUCUUUAUCUUGUGAUCACUAUCGCAUGUUUGAACAUCGAAACGCCUUAAUGUAAAGGAAACAACUAGCACGGCCUUUGUAGAUGUACCCAAAACCUUCUUAUUUUAGUUAGAAAGAAUCCAGAUAAACCUGUUGGUUAUCUCUGAACUGAUAACGUUGGGGGUAUAGUAGGUUUAUUUUCCCUUUUGAUUUUACAUAACUCUCUCUGUAGCACUUUCUUAUCCACAGAUCAAUGUUAGUUCUGCUUAACCAGUUGUGUUGACGGAAGAUGGCAGACACAGUAACACGAACUACGGGUUGAAAUUUCCCACAAAUGUAGAACCGAUAGUCUAGUAUAUUUAUUUUCUCGAUAACAGGGGAGGAGUGGGUAAGGGUGACAUGAUGUUGGCGAAUUCCAGUCAGUCGUGCAGUUAUCUCAACACUCGUAUUGGACAUCUGACGUUCGUCCUCCUUUGUUCUGGAAUGGAAAAAAUUGGCCACUUCGAUAAAAUUGAGAAGCAUUUCAAGUUUAAUUCACGAGUUCAUGUCCCUGAAUCUAUAGGCCUCAUCCAACUACACAUCGGUACCCGGUAAAUAUCUCCUGUCGUCUCCCCAGAAAUCUUCUCAUUUUCUGAGAGGCACAGUCAGUUGAGAAUUGUAGCAUCUUCAACUGGCCCCUACAUCUUGCGGUUUUUGAAAAGAUGAAUCAAUUUUCUAAGGAGUCCGCUUCAAUAUAACCAUCCAAAGUUAAAAACCGGUCCUUUUUAGAGGUCAGGAAACUUCUCAUGCAUGCCUGCACUACACUACACUUUUGCUUCACAAUUAACACCGUCGUUGCAUAAGUACGCAGGGAAUUGUAGACCUAUGAAUCAAUUUUCUAAGGAGUCCGCUUCAAUAUAACCAUCCAAAGUUAAAAACCGGGCCUUUUUGGAGGUCAGGAAACUUCUCAUGCAUGCCUGCACUACACUACACUUUUGCUUCACAAUUAACACCGUCGUUGCAUAAGUAUGGAUGUCAUCAGUAAUCCGUGGGGAGUUUUGAAGUGCAUGGAUGAUCCCUAUUCUUUUUUAAGAAGUAUCAUUCAAAGAAUUUCCAUGAAGCAUCUCUGUAAGGAGAUUUAUUUUAAAUGUAAUAAUGCAUUGCUAUUUUUCUAUUUUUUUCUCAGUCUAACAAAUUCUAGGUGUCUCUAAUUUCAGAAGUGUCGACAAGGAUGACUAUCAAGUAUAUAGUUCCGAUUCACAGAUACAGCAGUUUGGUCAGUCUGAGGGCUGCUAUGAUACUAUUGAGUUUGAUGGACAUGGCCAUAGAUAUAGGUCAGCAAUGGUGCACGGUACCGAAGAAAACGAAAAUCAGAGAGGUUCGUCUCUUCCUCAGAUUGCAGGAACAGAUUUUACAUGAAUCAGAAAGUGUUGAGAAAAUGUCAGAUGAAGCAAGAUCUGAUUACAUCUCUCAGAGUGAUACUAGAUCGACUAUUAAUUGUAUGGAGACGACGGAUCCUGAGCCUGUAGAUUUCAAAAAUAAUGUACUUCUUUGGCUUCCUCCAGAGCCUGAUUAUAGUGAGAAUGAUAGUGAAGCGGGCUUUUCUGAUGAAGAUGAUGCGUCCGAACAGUGGGGACAGCUGUGAUCAUCAAAAAGUUUCGUUAGUGAAGAGUCUCAGUGUCGUGAUGGUGCACACAAAGAGCAUACAAAAGCCAUGGAACACGGUGUUGAUGGGCAUCUCAGGGUUUUGAUAUCUCAACUUCAUGUUGGUAAUAUUCCUGUAGACAACAAAAAUGGCAUAGAGAGCUGGUUGGAGGUGAUCAUACGUUUGUCAUUGGAAGCGGCAACUUUCCUCAAACCAGAUACAAACAAGGGAGAUGCCAUGGAUCCCGGUCGAUAUCUAAAAGUGAAAUGCAUAGCGUUUCAUUGGAGUCUCCAAUAAGAAUUUCCGUUCUCAGAUAUACCAUCAAAUUUGGAGCGGUCCAUUUCUAUUCAAGGUUUUGGAGUUAUCAGAAGAUCACGUUCGUUGUUACACUCAUCAUCAGGGCAGUUUAACAAUCUAUGUCAACAAACUUCCAGAUUUCCCCUUGUCAGGAGAGAAGGAUGGCAAGAUAUGGAUGCGGCGCGGGUGUUUGCGUUGUCCCCGGUCAACCGAACUCCCCCUGCAACGCAUAGAGUGGUCAUGUCAGAUGCUGCCUGGGGUUUAUCCUUUGGUAAAUUUUUGGAGCUUAGCUUUUCGAAUCAUGCUGCGGCUAACAGGGUGGCAAGUUGCGGGCACUCCUCCUAUUCCCUUCCCUCCGGAUGAAUUUGCAUCUCUAUAUGCCUCCCCUUGCGCGUUCAUGGAAAAGUAAAUAAAUGAGCAGGUUUGGAAAGAUGGUGUCUUGUUUCCAGUAUGCGACUACUGAUGUUCAUUCUGUGCACCUACCUCCCCCCAAACUUGAUUUCAACUGUGAACCCCUGGAGUGGCUCCAAAAGGAAGCAAAUGAGGUCCGUUUAUUAGAGUUUUUUUUCUUUGGUUAAAUUUAUCAUCGGUUUGAAGAGCUGACCUUCAUAAUUUUAAUAUAAUAGCUGGCUGCCCAAGCCUCACGCACAGCUUUUCUCGGAAGUUCUCAAGAUUCUGUGGAGAACACGAGGAGAAAAAACGACGCCAGCCUCAGUCUUCGACAAUGUCGAACCCCUGGAUUUAAGACAAUUGAUUGCGGACUUUGAAGGUUACCUGAAGAAGGAGAAGGCAGAGUUUGAGGUAAAGCAUGUGUUGAAUGUGUUAUCUUCUCUUCUUUGACAGCUAAAAAACUUUGUGACAAUUUUUUUAAAACUUCAGGAAUCCUUCCAGAAAAUGACAAUGAGGAGAGAAAAGGGAAGCCAUUGAUUGAUAUUCUUGAGGUUAACAAGUUAAGAAGGCAGUUGCUCUAUCAGUGUUAUGUGUGGGAUAAGCGUUUGAUGCAUGCAGUUAAUUUGCUGAACAGUUACUACGAUGAGUUUGAUGGGAAAAGAAAGGGUCGGAGAAAUGAAGAGAAACUUGGUUCUACUGAGAAGGCUGUGUACCCGAAUGUGGCCCCUAAACCAGAAAGAAGUUUCCGAAGCCUGGACUCCUUCCUCCAGGCCACAAUUCCUGAAGGACAUCACGUCGUGAACAGAAAUUUUGACCGCAAUCAAGGAACUGGCGGGGCUAAUCAUAUAGAUGGCAUGAGAACUUGUGAUCCAUCGGGCCCUCUUGUUUCUCGUGGGAUUGUCAGAUGGCUUGAGAAGGGCCCUCUUGUUUCUCAUCGCGGCUUGAGAAGGGUUCUGUCAGAUGGACAGUUUCCAGUUUUGGCAAACGUGUCUGACAGGUUGAACGCAAUAUGUGGUGAAAAGGGUCCUGCGACUUUUGAAAUCAUCGCAUCAGAUUUCUCAAACGUCUGUGAAACUGCACUUGGCGCAGUUGCCGAAUCAAGCUCAGAGGACAAUUCGGAUGGAUCCACGCCACUACCACGACCACCGCUGCCAGCAACUACUGGCGGAGGAGACGUUGUUGAGAUGGUCCACACUGGAUUAAAAUACCAUUCCAGAGCCUUCAUCAAUCCUUCAGCAAAGGCUCCGGUGGCAUUGGUUCAAGAUUUGACCCCUCGGAUGGAUAUAACCCCGCGUAAAUUUCAUCAUUCUGGGAGCUGGGACACAGAGAUGGAGCUAGGUUGCUACUGCCCAUCGGUGUCAACGACCUGGUAAUCCCCGUCUAUGAUGAUGAACCAACAAGUAUUAUUUCAUAUGGCCUUUUUUCGACUGAUUAUCACUUCCAGAUGUGCGCUGAGGGGGAGAAGACUAGGAAUAAUGGGGAGUCGUCCAUUUUGCCGCCGUUUCAUGAUCCUGGAAGCGUCAACUCCUUUCAUGGCGUUUCAUCCGAGUCCUUGAGGAAGGUGAACUCGGUCGAGGAAGGCAUUCUGUCCAUGUCAGGGAGGGGGAAAGCGUUCGGGCCCACUUCUGGAUUCAAGAGCUCCGCACGUCAGAAUUUCCUUUUGAGAUACCCUCUUGGAAAAGUGAAAGAUACGGUUACUUACUACUACGCGAGAUGGUUUGACGAAUUGAGGCGAAUUUGCUGUCUGUCAGAGCUGGAUUUCAUCAGGUCAAUUUGUCGCUGUAAGAAGUGUGGCGCCCAGGGUGGCAAGGGCAGCGUCUUCUUCGCCAAAUCGUUGGAACGAUAGAUUCAUCAUUAAACAGGUCGCAAAGACAGAAUUAGAGUCUUUCGUCAAUUCGCUCCGGAGUAUGUCAAGUACCUUUCUGGGUCGAUUAGCACCGGGUGCCCCACCCACCAGUCUGGCCAAAAUCUUGGGAGUCCACCAGGUAGGUGGUAAUCCUUCAUCAUCUCUGUUCAUUCUGUCUACUCGUAAGAUGUCCCGUUUCUGAAAUGUCGGUAUUUUUUUGAGGGCCAGAGAAUCUCGUCUUCCGGCUAACUGGUCGCCAUAAUACUUUCUUCAGAGAAUUCUCCUGAAAUAUGGACUUGAGAGAACCUGAUUUUUUUAAUUACUGAAAAUAUAUCCAGCCUCUGCUCUCUGACUGGGGAUUUCUCAGGUCACUGGGUCCUGAUUUGUUUGUGGGCUCAAGGAUUUGGUACAGCAAAGGAAGUUUUCCUCGGACACUUUUAUUUUUCUUUUUUCAUUGGAAGCUGAUCUGAAUCCGAGUCAAAUCCGUGAUUCGGGAAAACCCUCCCUUUCUUCCUUCUCUUUCUUCCCAGUACGAUGAUUAUGCCCGCUCUGUCGGUUUGGACCACGCUAGAGCCUGUCUGUUGACCCACUUUCCUUCUUCUUCCGAUUCCGAUGGUCGUCGCCGUGUGUGGUUCAGGUGGGCUGGAAGAACCUGAAGGCGAGUAAGGAGUGGAAGAUGGAGGUGCUGAUGAUGGAGAACCUCAUGUUCGGGCGGAGCAUAGAGAGGCUGUAUGACCCCAAGGGGUCGUCGCGGUCGCGGCACAACGCGGACAGCAGCGGCGAGUACAAUGUCCUCCUGGGCCAGAAUCUGAUCGAGUCGAUGCCCACUUCCCCCAUCUUCGUCGAGAACAGGGCCAAGCGGCUGCCCGAGAGAGCCGUCUGGAACGACACCUCCUUCCUCGUCGUAAGCACUCUCUCUGCUCUCUGCUCUCUCCUCUCUUUAUGGCGCUGGUGGGUGGUUCUUUCUUCUGGUUAACAACUCAUCCCUGAUGUUGGUGCAGUCGAUCGAAGUGAUGGACUACUCGCUUCUGGUGGUGGUGGACGGGGGGCGGGGGGAGCUGGUGCUGGGGAUCAUCGACUUCAUGCAGCAGUACACGUGGGACAAGAACCUGGAGACGUGGGUGAAGGCCUCUGGGAUACUGGGGGGCCCCAAGAAUGCCUCCCCCACCGUCGUCUCCCCCGUCCAGUACAAGAAGCGCUUCCGCAAGGCCAUGGCCACCUACUUCGUCAGGGUCCCCGAGCCCCCCUCCGCAUCCUCUCCCCCUCCUCCGACGAUGACCACCACCUGA